GUGAUGUUUAUGAUGAUGGUGAUCACAGGAAGCAGUUGACGUGUUGUGAGGAUGAGGAGGACGACGAAGUUGAGGAUGAACCGCAGACAGAUGCUGUCUCUGUGCCGAGAAACAUCCGGAAACUUCCAGAAAGAAGGAACGCUGAGAGUCGGACGACAGGAGAGAGCUCUCACUGACAGGUUCUGUCGUCUGAGGGGAAACCUGCUCUUCAUCAUGAAGAAACAGGAUGGUGAGCUAGACGAGGUGUUACUGUUGGAGAGAUGUGAUGUUUUAAAGACUCCAGAGGAUAAUAGACGAUUGGUUGUCAGCUUCGAGAGCGGCGAUCCUCCCGUGUUCCUUCAGUUCGGCGGCUCUGCAGAGUGUCACUCGUGGCUCAUGGCGCUCAGAGACGCCAACACCGAGGCGCUGAGGCAACGUAUCGCACACCUCAGCACGCUCAUCAAUAAACACACAGCGGGGGAGACGAAGAGGCCGCAAGAUGACAGAGAGGCAGGUGGAGCCGCAUCUGCUGCUGCUAGAGUCUCACCACUGCACCUGACUGUCGACGGCCGUGUUGUUGUUGCCGUGGCAUCCAGAGUUCACAUUCAAGUAUCUGUGAUCGACAUCCACAGUCACACAGUCAGGAAACACUGCUGCACUGAGAUAGUGAAGGCACCGGAUGACUCUGUGUUUCGAACAUCUGUGUGUUUCCGUGGCAACUACCCGAUCUACCUUGACAGCAGGAUCAAAGUCACCGUUCACCACGCAAAGGAGCCGAUGACACACACAACAAGGAGCUUUCUUGGUUUCACUUCCUUCUCCAUCAGAGAUCUGCUCAGGUCGAAGGAGCCUCACAUCUCUCUCAGCCUCAGGACGAUGGACGGAGUCAACGAGGUCGGGGAAGUGAAGGUGUCCUGUCUGCAGAUAGAAGGAGAGAGUGACGAUAAAACUCCUCCUGAACACAAGUGUCCUGCGCUAUGUGAUUGUCUUCACGGCUCCGUUCACGAUAAAGAAAACAGUCCAAUGAUGAGAGCUGUGCUGUGUGCUCAGGUGUGUAAGGUGUACAGGUUUCAGAUGGAGGAUCAGAGGUGGCUGCUGGUGAGGGAACAGAUGUCGGAGACGCCGCUUUCGUUCUCUUUACCCAAACAGCUACUCAGCGCGCUCAUACACGAGAACACAAGCAGGGUCCAAGAAGUGAAGGAGCUCGGUGACCUUUCACCCCACUGGGAUGGGCUACGCCAUGAUGUCAUCAACCACUGUAACCACCUGCUCGACUGCUAUCAGAAAACACUCGCCGAGCUCGACAAACUCUCAGUCUCGUCCUGUUUUAAGUCGAGCAAUAAGUCAGACAGACACCUUCAGUUUGUUCCCACCAACCUUCACUCUCAGAGGAUGGAGGUCACCUGUCCAGACAGCACAGGUGUUUGGUAUGAGGUCAUAACAUUUGGUGCUCCAGCUGAUCACCACCAGGCCUUCAAACACGGAGGUCUGAAGAAACUACUCAGCAAACACGCAAACCGCAGGGGCAGCUCUGUCUCGUACUCACCGGACGAAAGCUCCAGAGCGAAGGAGCUGCUGGCCAGCGUGGCCCAGUUGCAGCCUCUGGUCUUCGGGCUCGCUGAGGAGCUGCUGUCCGUCUCCCAAGAGAUGAACAUCAGCCUGUUGCUUCAGGUCCUGGACAGCCUGGUUCAACAGACAGAGCAGUUUGUUCACGCACUCAAAGACGAGCUGGUGAAAAGCGCCCUGCUGGCUAUCCACAACCAAUACUCCACCUACUGCAACAGCAGCAGCCACGUCCACAGCAACGGGCUGAUCUGUGACAGCUCACCAGCCAAUCAGGAGAGACAGCCUUCGCUACAUGAGGCGGAGUACGAUGAGGAGGAAUGGGACAGGGUGUGGGCGAACGUUGCCAAGAGUCUCAACUGCAUCAUCGUCAUGGUUGACCGUCUAAAGGGGCGAGAGGGCCGCACCCAGGAGCUGACAUUAUCAGAGCAGCAGGAAGACAUGGGGGACACAAACUCUCAGAACACUGCUGCCUCCUCCUCCUCCUCUUCUGCAUGUUCCUGGCAAGAGCAGCUGCUCCCCCUGGUGGUCACUCUCAGGGACUGCGUGCGUGAGGCAGUGGGGAAGGCUCGAUCUGCCAUGACCUUUGUAGUCCUGCAAGGGGCGGUGGCUGCAACUGUUGCCCAGGGGACUGCACAGCUCGUCCAGAGACGCCAUGCUGUCUUCAGUCAGGCGCUCUCAGCAGUAGUGUGUGGUUUCCUGUUGAAGCUGUAUGGAGGUUUGGAGGAUUCAGAUUUCCUGAAGCAGGUUCACACUGCAGGACUCCUGGUUCAGUUUGAAAGCCUGCUCAGCACCUACGGUGACGAGGUGGGGAUGCUUGAGGACAUGGAGGUGGGCUUGGCCGACCUGCACAGAGUUGGGUUCAUUGUCACGGAGGCGAUAACAGAACAGCCAGACGACCUGCUGCCGACACUACACGGAACAUGGGAGAGUUUGGUCGUCGAGGUCCCGUUGCCCCCGGAAACCUUCACAUCGUUGCCACAGGAACUGAAAGAUGGACGUUUGAUACAAAUUCAUCCCGUUCUCUUCAACAUCGGAAUAAACCAGCAGCAGAGUCUGGCUGAGAGGUUUGGUGACAGCUCCCUGCAGGAGAGAGUGAAUCAACAGAGCUGUCAGCGUCUUAAGGCUUACUGUAACACACUGAGAGACAGACUGCCUGACAUGGCCGGCGUCCAUUCACUGUCAGACUUGUUAUCGUCUCUGGAUCGCAGCGUAGCAGCCAGGAAGAGGAAGAACGUGGAGGUUCUGUGGAUUGCUGCCAUGGUGUGUCGGAAAGUGAACGGCGUGCGUCUGACCAGCUGUAAGAGCGCGAAGGACCGCACGGCAAUGUCUGUGACGCUGGAGCAGUGUGUGUUACUGCGAGAGCGACACACACUCAACCCACAACACUUCAGCACCGCACUCGACUGCAUGAGGAGGGAGGGUUGCAGGAUGGAGAACGUGCAGAAGAACAUUGGCAGCAGGAAGUUUGCCUUCAGCAGCGUCCAACUCCUCACCUUCCCAAAACUGUACAGACCUCCAGACGGCAGCUAUGGAUGAAAAUGUUGACAGAGUAUUUUGUUUGUUGUGUACAUAGUUUUUAUAUCAUAAGAUUCUUUAUUGUAACAUAUAAAGUAUAUGUUUUAUUAUAUAGAAAUGUAAAUGUUUUUCUGUUAAUAAUGACCACUGUGGCUGCAGAUGUUUCAUUUACAAACAUGCUUCUGCAAUAAAUGAAUACUUGAAAACUA